CUUCGUUUUGUCCUCCUGCUCACAGGGACUCUCACCAAGUUCACGCUGGUCCUCUACGGGACAGCCCCCGAGCCCCCCAGCCUCUCCAACCAGUUUGAGGGCAGUGGCUGCAAAAUACUGGCUACUAGCCAGGCCUGUGUGGUGUGCGAAGAGGGUUUCUUCCUCCAUCAGAAGAGCUGCCUCAAGACCUGCCCGCCUGGCUUUGCUCCGGACCCCGAGCCCCCCGUGCUGGAGAACACCUUGGACCCCCACCUGCGCCCUCGCCUCUGCGUGCCCUGCCACCCGUCCUGUGCCACCUGCCUGGGGCCGGCCUCCACCCAGUGCUUGUCCUGCCCGGCUCACGCCCACUACAACAGCCAGGAGCAAAGCUGCUCCCACCAGAUGCAGACCAGCCGGGCCUCUCCUGCCCUGGGAGAGGGCGUGACUCUGGCCAGCACCUCUUCGUACCUGCCUGUCCUGCUGGCCAGCCUCAGCUGCUUCUUCAUUGUCCUGGUCUUUGUCACCGUGUUCCUGGUGCUGCAGCUGCGCUCGGGGUUCCGUCUGAGGGGGGUCAAGGUCUGCUCCCUGGAGAGCGGGGGCCUCAUCGCCUACAAGGGGCUGCCUUCCGAGGUGUGGCAGGAAGGGCCCGAGGAGGAAGAGGAGGAGGUGGCCGGCGAGAGGACUGCCUUCAUCAGAGACCAAAGUGCCCUUUGAUGAGCCUGCGGCCCCCGGCAUAGCAGGGGGGAAACCGAGGGGCCCGAUGAAUCUUUGCGCCCCUUUGCUUCGGGUUGUGUGGGGACCCGGGGCAGAGGCCCUGCAGUCGGGGGCCAGCUGCUGAGACUGGAGACCUUGCUCAGCCUCCCCCCCCCUCACUCCUCCUCUGGUUUUUACUAACCAAAGUGAUUUUUUUAGACUGGACCAGUGGGUCCCCGUUUGUGGUAGGAGGGGGCAUUUGGCAGAGCUCCCUCCUUCCUGCUUGGGGUAUGGAGGGCAGUGGCUUUGGGGGCGGGCAGGGGAAUUCCCCCUCUUGCAGGUCCACGGCUUGUCUGGCGCAGCCGGGGGUGUGUGUGUGAGGGAGACCAUGCUUCUUGGCAGGAUGCCAGCUCCCAUCCCCUGCCUGCAAUAA